GCUCCCGCCCACUCCCCGGAACCGGUGGCGGAGCUCCGGCCGCGGGCAGUGGAGCAGCGACGGCGUCGCGGAGCCGCCGGGAUGAGCGCCUCCCGCCGCCCCGCGUCCUGGGCCCGGCCCUUCUGACAGAGAAGAUUCUGGAAUCCCCUGCUGUGCACCCACUAAACAGAACCCGGUCCCAGCGCGCCAGGACCUCCGGGUCCCCGAAUCGAGAGAGAAACGACGCUUCCAGUCGAGUGUGGCGGAGACUCAGGAGUUUGGCUCCGAGUCCCAUGAUUGUAGAACUGGAAAUCUUUCAAGAUUAUCUCACCCGAAAUCUCAUCUUACCGAGACUUCGGGCUCUCGGAGGCUAUUCCACGUCUACUUUUGAGGAUCCUCUCACCAUACUCAGUGUAAAAUAACACCUUAAUGAUCAUCCUCUGCAGGGCAGGAGUGAGAAGAUUGCAGUUACAUUACAAUCAUGGUGCAGAAAUACCAGUCCCCCGUGAGGGUGUACAAACACCCCUUUGAGUUAAUUAUGGCCGCCUACGAAAGGAGGUUUCCCACGUGCCCGCUGAUCCCGAUGUUUGUGGACAGUGACACUGUGAAUGAGUUCAGGAGCGAGGACGGGGCCAUUCACAUCAUAGAGAGACGCUGCAAACUGGACAUAGACGCCCCCCGGCUGCUGAAAAAGAUCGCGGGCGUUGACUACGUGUAUUUCGUCCAGAAAAACUCACUGAACUCCCGGGAGCGCACUCUGCACAUUGAGGCCCACAACGAGACGUUCGCCAACCGGGUCAUCAUUAAGGAGCACUGCUGCUACACCGUUCACCCUGAAAAUGAAGAUUGGACCUGUUUUGAACAGUCUGCAAGUUUAGAUAUUAAGUCUUUCUUUGGUUUUGAAAGUACAGUGGAGAAAAUUGCAAUGAAACAAUAUACCAGCAACAUUAAAAAGGGAAAGGAAAUAAUCGAGUACUACCUUCACCAGCUGGAGGAGGAGGGCAUCACCUUCGUGCCCCGCUGGACGCCGCCGCCCCUGGCGCCCUCGGCGGAGACGGCCGCGUCGUGCAGGAAACGAGCAGCAUCACUGGCCUCGGUGGCCCCAGAGGCUGCGCAGAAGGAAGGGCUGAGCAGCGAGGCCCUCAGCAGCCCGAGCGGGGCCUCUGAGCCCGCCGCGGGGACCCCCGACGACAAGCUGGACGCAGACUACAUCAAGAGGUAUCUGGGCGACCUGACUCCGCUGCAGGAGAGCUGCCUGAUCCGGCUGCGCCAGUGGCUCCAGGAAACCCACAAGGGCAAGAUCCCCAAAGAUGAGCAUAUUCUCCGGUUCUUACGCGCCCGGGACUUCAAUAUCGACAAAGCCAGAGAGAUCAUGUGUCAGUCGCUGACCUGGCGCAAGCAGCACCAGGUGGACUACAUCCUCGAAACCUGGAACCCCCCCCAGGUCCUGCAGGACUACUACGCGGGUGGCUGGCACCACCACGACAAAGACGGGCGGCCCCUCUACGUGCUCAGGCUGGGACAGAUGGACACCAAAGGCCUGGUGAGGGCCCUCGGGGAGGAGGCCCUGCUCAGAUACGUCCUGUCCAUCAACGAGGAAGGGCUGAGACGCUGUGAAGAAAACACCAAGGUCUUCGGCCGGCCCAUCAGCUCGUGGACCUGCCUGGUGGACCUGGAGGGACUGAACAUGCGCCACCUGUGGAGGCCCGGCGUCAAGGCCCUGCUGCGCAUCAUCGAGGUGGUGGAGGCCAACUACCCCGAGACGCUGGGCCGCCUGCUGAUCCUGCGGGCUCCCCGCGUGUUUCCUGUCCUCUGGACGCUGGUCAGCCCGUUCAUCGACGACAACACCAGGAGGAAGUUCCUCAUUUACGCGGGGAACGACUACCAGGGCCCCGGCGGCCUGCUGGACUACAUCGACAGGGAGGUCAUCCCCGACUUCCUGGGGGGAGAGUGCAUGUGUGAAGUGCCGGAGGGCGGGCUGGUCCCCAAGUCCCUGUACCGGACUGCGGAGGAGCUGGAGAACGAGGACCUCAAGCUCUGGACCGAGACCAUCUACCAGUCCGCCAGCGUCUUCAAAGGAGCCCCGCACGAGAUCCUCGUUCAGAUCGUGGAUGCCUCUUCAGUGAUCACGUGGGAUUUUGACGUGUGCAAAGGGGACAUUGUCUUCAACAUCUACCACUCCAAGAGGUCACCACAGCCGCCCAAGAAGGACUCCCUGGGGGCGCACAGCAUCACGUCUCCUGGGGGGAACAACGUGCAGCUGAUCGACAGGGCCUGGCAGCUGGGCCGGGACUACAGCAUGGUGGAGUCGCCGCUCAUCUGCAGAGAAGGGGAGAGUGUGCAGGGCUCCCACGUGACCCGGUGGCCGGGCUUCUACAUCCUGCAGUGGAAAUUCCACAGCAUGCCCGCGUGCGCCGCCACCAACCUGCCCCGCGUGGACGACGUGCUGGCCUCCCUGCAGGUCUCCUCCCACAAGUGUAAAGUGAUGUACUACACCGAGGUGAUCGGCUCCGAGGACUUCAGAGGCUCCAUGACCAGCCUGGAGUCCAGCCACAGCGGGUUCUCCCAGCUGAGCGCCGCCACCACCUCCUCCAGCCAGUCCCACUCCAGCUCCAUGGCUUCCAGAUGGCGACUUUGCUGACAGCUGCCAAGAAAACACUCCAGUCACCAGUGCACAUCAGCCCAGGGAUGGUGGUAGAGCUGUCUGACUCACACACACCCCCCGCCCCCCAGUCUGAGGGUGUGUGCUUUUUAAGUUGGUUGGGAAGCGGCACGGCUCACCCAGAGAGUUGAAGGCGUUUGUAGGGGUCGGGCACAGACGCGCACGUGCCUCGCCCGGCUCCAUGACGCGGUCCCGUCUCCCCGUGCCCUGCGCUCCCACGCUGCUGUCCCCCUGCCUGCCCCAGCGCUAACCAUUUCGUUUCCACUUUCCUCCCUAAAUGCAUUGUCUGCAUAUCACCUUCUGUAAAUGUUUUGUAAACCUAUUACCUCACUCUUGGUAAUACAAUACUGCUAGUCUUUACAAGAUUUUUUAUUGUUACCGAUAAUAAAUGUGAGCUGUUUAAAGAAAGUGUCUUCCUCUUACUGUGACGUCUCCUGGGAGAGCCUGUCCUUAACCCUUUGCACUCGCUUGCUUUUUUCUCGAUUCCUUUAUUCUACUCGGGAUUUAAUUUUUUAAAUACCCCAGAUUUUACAAAGCGCGGCAGUAGAAUAAAAAACUGGAGUUUCUUUUCAUACAAACUUAUUUAUUUGGAUUUUUUUAUAUUUCAAAUUAUUGAUACAUUCAAAGAGUAAUUUUAAUCUCUAUAAUUUUUCAUGGUGUGAUAUUUUUUGAAACAUUCCCCCACGUGAAGACCUGGUUUACAUUCACAUGUUUCGCAAAUAUAAAUCGUCUCUCUUCCUCCUUUGAUUUUUCUGUUAGAACAAACAACACAAUCUUUGUGUGUUUUGUUAGGGUGAGGUGUGAUUAUAUGGAGCUUUCCAUCCAAACGUUGCUCUAAGUUAGUGGGUAAUAAUCUGCCCCUGGAAGUUAGUGUACCAUCUCUGAAUUCUCCAACAAGAUCAUGUACUAGUUUCCUAAUAAAUUUCACAUGCGUUA